CCAACAUCUCGCUCGUCCACCGAAUCAUUUGUCCAAGAGCAUAUGCUAUAGUUAUGGCCGCUGCUGUGAGUACGUCUACUGGUAAGAAAUAUGGAGGUAUUCCGGGUAUACCACCCGGGACGAUCUUCCCAAAUAGAAAGGCUUUGAGAGCUUCGGGCGUGCAUGCGGAAGUGCGCGCUGGGAUAUUCGCCGAGAAGUAUAGAGAUGGAGCGUACGCAGUUCUUCUAAACGGAGGAUAUCCAGACCAGGAUCACGGGGAGCUUAUUGAAUACGUCGGGCAAGGCGGGCUUGACAAACCUGGCGGCACACAAGUAGCUAGCCAGAAGUGGGACUGGAGGAACAGGUCCUUGCAGCAAUCAUACGAAUCGCGCAAGCCCGUUCGCGUUGUCCGUGGAUAUAAGCUUGACUCGCCGUAUGCGCCGGAGCAAGGGUUCCGCUAUGACGGUCUGUAUCGAGUGAUCAGGCAUAUCGUCUUCACGUUUUCGAGUAUCCUGAUCAGUGUUACAGGUCUUCGGCCGAAGAAACCCGCAAAACUUGCUCGAAUGCGUCGCGAGUAUGCAGACCAACCGCCUCUGCCGCCGCCUCGAAGCCCGACGAAGGCUCCGGCAAAUAUCCACGUCUUCGCCGGCGGGAGCAGUCAGCUGACUGCGAACGGCAGCUCUCAUGCGCGUGCGGGAGCGGGCGAUCGGACACACUUGGAAAGCAACGCAGGCGAACGGAUCGCAGGGGCUUUGAUAGAGGACGAAGGCAAAUCCUCGAGCAGGACUGAGGGUGAAGAAGACGAUCAAAGGGUCGAUGACGAGAACGACUCAUCCGCGAUGAGCAUCGAAGAGGACGAGUGUGCUCGUCAUUCCCACAGCGUGACCUCCCCGCUGGUGGCACGCUCGCGCAUGCGACCGACGCCCGUAGCGAGCGAUGGCGUGGAGGCCGAAGAGGAGCUAGAGAUUCGGGAGAUCUUGAGGACGUCGGUGGAUGAAGAACAAGACACCGAGAGCUCGACAGGGAAGGAGUCUGUCAGGAGACUAUGCGCGGCUAUGCUGGAGGCGGCGACGGCCUCGGAGCUGGCGUCGAAAACCACGCUAUCGAGUGCGUUACUAGCGGACGCGAGGGAGGCCGAAGAGACGUCGACGGAUGCGAGCGAGGAGCCAACAGGCGGGGCAGACGAGACAGCAGUCAAGGUAGACGAGCCGGCACGCGAGGCAGACGAGCGCCAAUCGCCCAGCUCACCGCCCGCAAUCGACAACGACCUGACCAUCGCUAUGGCUGAGCUAAAGGACUUUGCGGCGCUCUUCGACGCGGCGAUGCAGCGGCUUCGCGACGCUGAGCGCGCGGCAUCUCACUCUGGUGCACCCACGUCUUCUCGGGCCACACCUUCGACAGCGUCAACGACGAGAAGUGACUUUGAGGACACGCUCGGGGAUGCGGUAGCAGCUGCAGCCAGCGCGGCUGACCUAGCGUCGCUGGCCAUUCGCCGUCGAGCGUAG